AUGCCAGCAUUGGUAUCCGUCGAUGAAGUAAAUGUACAGGCAAAGGAGGACGGCGAUGAGCCAGUAAGUCGACACGAACGAGACUGCGGGAGCAUUGAAGCCAAUGACGGGGACAAGGGCCUUGUUGAGCAGAACACUAACGGGAACGGCCAGGAAGAUGAUCCGGGUGGGAACGCUGAACUUGUUUUGCGACUGGAGGUAUCUUUUAGAACACUCAAAAACCACAAGGGCCGGUGUGACGAAAACCAUGACACUCAAGUAAGUUGCACAGAGGUCUGCUAUUUCUUUGUUUCCGGUGACCAUGUAAAUGAUUGGGCCCGAGUUGAGCCAAAGCCCGCACACAGGGAUCAACAAGAGCAACAGGAUCACUGUGCACCGUUGGAAGUAGAGUCCGACUUUUUCAUAAUGACCGGCACCAUAAGCAGUGGAACAAAGGGUAUCCAGCGAGGUCGAAAACCCGUUCACAAUGACCGGACCGGUGACAUAGAAUGUGGUGAUGGACAGCGAGCAUGCGGAGAGGUAUUUUUCGCCCAACUGACUGGAAUAGUAGAUGGGAAUCAUUAUCUGGAACAGAUACUGGAACAAGAAGGUUAA